CAAAGGAUUCUGGGCAUCUGAGGCCUUUGCGUCCAACGACCGCCCUUUUCGGAGCAAGCUAGUCAAGCACCACCAACGCUCUAUACGUCGAAGGAAUGCUCACCGACAAAGAACUCUCCAAAGAGUCAUAAACGACCUCGAGGAAAAGCCCUGAAUAAUGGCAGCUGAAGUCAUAGAAGGCAGUGAGUUCCCCGCUCACUAUAAAGUCAUGAUGGACAAAUUGAAUGAACAGCGACAGUUGAACCAGUUCACAGAUAUCACUUUGAUUGUAGACGGACACCAGUUCCGAGCACAUAAGGCAGUGUUAGCAGCAUGCAGUCAGUUUUUUCACAAUUUUUUCCAAGAUUUUACCCAAGAACCCCUGGUGGAGAUUGAAGGAGUGAGUAACAUGGCUUUCCGGCACCUGAUGGAGUUCACGUACACAGCCACGUUAGCUGUUGCGGGUAAAGAGGAAGCCUUUGAUGUGUGGAAGGCUGCUGAAUACCUCCAGAUGCAGGAAGCCAUCAAGGCACUCACCAACAAGAUAAAUGACUCGACUUCAGCGAUGCCAAAAAGCAACAAUAAAAAGAGGAAGAUUGCUGAGACGUCUUGUGUCAUCACAGAAGCCCUACCCACGGUGGAAGGGGAACCGGUGGAGAUACAGAUGAUAGGGGACACUGCGAUAGAGGUGGAGGAGUCCGGGCUGGAGGAGGUGGUGGAGGAUGUCACAAAGAACGUCCAAUCAAAUGACUCCGCCUUGGCUCUGCUGGCUGACAUCACCAGCAAGUAUCAGCAGGGGCAACCUUCACUUGGGGUCAUCAAGAAGGGAGCCAUAGAGGAGGAAGUCCUGUAUCAGGAAGAAACGGUGACUGCUUCCAAGGUGCUGGAGAAUGUGGCGGUGGUGGAGGUCCAGAUUUCUCAAGAAGACAACACAUUCUGCUGUAGCAAGUGCGACCAAACCUUCAAGAUGUACUUCCAACUCAAGCAGCACAUGAAAAUGCAGCACAGUCUGGUGAAGAAGCCACAUGUGUGCAGCCACUGCGGCAAAGCGUACACGCGGGAGGGAGCCUUGAAUCAGCACUUGAACUCCUUCCAUUUCGAUGCAGAAGAACAGAACCAAAACCAGAAAGCCCCAAAGAGAGUUCACGUUUGCGAGUACUGUGAGAAGCAAUUCGACCAUUUCGGUCAUUUUAAGGAGCACUUGCGAAAGCAUACUGGUGAAAAACCAUACGAAUGUCCUGACUGUCAUGAGCGAUUUGCCAGGAACAGCACACUGAAGUGCCAUAUGGCGGCCUGUCAGAAUGGGAAUGGAGCCAAGAAAGGACGCAAGAAACUCUAUGAAUGCCAGGUAUGCAGCAGUGUCUUCAACAGCUGGGACCAGUUCAAAGACCAUCUCGUGAGCCACACAGGAGACAAGCCCAACCACUGCACCAUGUGCGACUUGUGGUUCACUGACCCCCAGGAACUAAAGGUGCACCUGAAAGACAUUCACUCCAUAGAGGAUGACAAGUCAAUCGAAGAACUGGCCGUCAGUGACGCCGCAGCAACUGCGGCGCUCACCAUCACCACGCAAACCAUCGAGGCCACGGAAACAGUGCUGCUGGAAGACGGCAUCCAGGUGCAGAACAUCACAGUGAACCCAAUCGAGGUGAUGGAAAUGGAGGAGUCGGCCACGGUCGUGGUGGAGGACGGAGGCGUGGCCGAGAUGUGCGAGGAGGAUGUGGAGAGACUGAAGCAGGCCGGCGUGCAGUUCCAGAUGGUGCGCAUGUCCUCCGGCGACAUGAACGAGGAGCAGGUGGCCCACCCUCAGGUGGAAGUGGAGUUGGAGGAAGAGAUGGUGAACAUGGAGGAAACGAUACAAACGGUGAUCGUAUGAAAAUACGGGCCAAAAACUGCAUGGAUAUUGAACACAAAGUUCCUGUGUUUUGUCAUCAUGUUCUAACUUCCCGAACUCUGACACAUGGACAAAGAUAUACAUUUGCAAUCGUGUAUUUAUUGAAAAGUUGACAUUCUAUCUAUGGCAA